UUGGCCUCGACCUUUAGUUUUGUGUCUGUUAUAAUAUGGACAAGGAGAAUGAAUCAAAUAACAGUUUACUGUUUCUAUCUGAAGAUGAGAAAAAAUCAGUUAAGAAACCCGUUAUUCUGUCAGACGUGGAACGAUCCGGUUUCAAACAGUACCCUUCUACGACGCAGGCUGUCGCCAGAGCGAGAUUCCAGAUGAUGGAUUUCGAUCAACCAGAACUUCAGGAAAAACCUAAAAUUUGGAAAGCUUUUCCGCUCACACUGAUAGGUAUAGCAUCUUGCCUUGGAAUUUUAGGAUAUGGCACGCUGCGUAAAGGAGGCAGAUUUUCUGACCAGACAAUGCUGAACAUCAGCAUGGCAGCCCAGAUUGCAACUGUAGCAUCCCUUUUUGGACAUUUGGGUUAUUAUGAAUACAAAGUUAGAAAGCUUGCAGAUUUGGCUGAAAAUGAGAAGAAUGACAAUGCGGAUGCUUCCUCAUGAAAGCAAUGUGAUGCUAACAUGCUAAAUUGGUUAAUACCAUAUUACAGUGAUCAAUUCUUUAACUACAUUAUGCUCAUCAAUCGUGCUGCUACAUUGAUAUAGUUUUGUUAACUUAUGUUUUAAGUUUUAUGACUGUGUACACUGUUCUUGACGUCAAUUAUUGUUUAGUUGGCAUUAAAUGUCAAUUUACACUGUUUUUAUAUUCCCAUUCGAAUAUUGGGAUGUACCAUAGUUUCCACCUGCAGACUGGGCUUUAUUUGGGCACCCAAUAAGUUGUCUGGUCAUUAACCUUUGAAGAAUUUGUCCAAUCAUCACCAAAUUUAUUCAGAUAUUACAGGCAAUCUGCAUAACAUCUCAGACAACUUCAAUAACCAGUCAUAUUGCUUGAGUCACUUGAGAGCUGGUGCCCUUUAUUCAUAGAAUUUAACUUAAUUUGUUGAUAAAAUUGAGAAGCCUUUGUCCUAAUCCCUUCAGAAUGGGAUAAGAAUAAUAAAUUUAAGACAAGUAGACCAGCCAUAUCACUCCAGUCACUCAAGAGUUAUUGCCCUUUUGAUUAUAUAGAAAUUACCUGAAAUUGGUCUUGUUUGAUCAAUAUCUUUAAUUGCCUGUCAAAAAAUGUAUUUACAGUGCUCGCUCUCUAUUUUUAGCUUUAAAAACACACAACCAAUUAGCAGUGGUUGAAAUUAACACAAAUUCUGAAUUUUAUAUAGCAGGGCUUGUUCAAAAGUUGAUGACAAGCAAUAAUAUAUAAAAUAAUUCGGGCUUGUUCAUUCAAAAGUCUAAUUUCAAUGUCUUCCACUUGUCACAAGGUGGUUUCCUAAAAAUUGGAUGGACAUAUUUUGGACAGAUGGCGCUCUUGUUAUAUAUGAGAAGUUAUUAAACAUGUUAAUUCUA